AUGUUGAAGAAGAAUAUUAUUCAUUCUCAAAUAAAAAGAAUCUCGUUAAGUUAUGCUGAAGCUUUAUCAGUAAAAAUUAAUGGAAACAGUAUUUCUGAUCCAGUCACUUUUAAUGACCUUUCCUCUGAUCACCUUCCAAUUUCCUUUCAAAUUCCUAUAAAUUCUCUUUCCAAUCCCAAUAGGAAAAUACUCAAUUUGCGUAAAGCAAAUUGGAAAAUUUUCCGAAACAUCCUUUCUUAUAAAACUGACGAAUUAAAUGAUAAAUUCCAAGUCCUUGAUACUCCUGAAAAGGUGGACUCUUGUAUUGAGAGCUUCUCUGAGGAAGUUAACGCUGCCGUAGAGAAAGCAAUUCCCAAGAAAAAUCCUUAUCGUUUCCGUUAUCCUUAUGAUGAUGAAUUACGAACACUCACCAAAAAUCGAAAUCACUAUCGGAAUUUAUACAAAAGUAGUUUGAAUCCUGCCUUUAAAUCCAUUGUCAAUCAGUUAAACCGCUUGAUUCAUAGAAAGACAGCAAAACUGAAUUGUGAAAGCUUUGAAAGGACUCUCGCGAAUCUAAACAUUUAUGAUAAUUCAUUUUAUCAAUUCUCCAAGGCUCUCAAGUCUAAAAAGUCGGAGAUGCCGCCGCUUGUUGAUAACAAUGGAAGCCUCGCUUAUUCUGAUUCAGCAAAGGCUCGAGCGCUUGCUGACAAUUUCCUUAAAUCCCACAAUCUCACCCAUUCCAAUACUUCCAAAUAUGACGCUCUAGUUGGUGAAAAACUAACUGAGCUGAGAAGGAAUAGAAGCCACUGCAUGUGUUUUUCAACGCACAGUUUGCCUGCCUCUUGUCGCCUUCAAGAGUUGUCUUCAGCCAUUGGGGAAGCGCAAGCUCGUUCGGUGGUAUCCUCUCUUUAUUGCCUUUUCCGUAAAAAUAAUUCUGUUUCAUUUCAUGCCAAAUUGACUGCUUACAAGACAUUAAUAAGACCUAUCAUGACUUACGCUUGUCCAAUAUUUAGCAAUUGCCCAGACGUACACUUCAAAAGACUACAAAUACAACAAAACAAGUUGUUGAGAAUGGUGCUCAAUGCACCUUUUUUCACUCGUACGACUGACUUACAUAAGGAAGCCAAUGACAUACCAACAAUAAGGCAAUUUGUGGACAAGUUGACAAAACAAUUUUAUAGUAGAGCUUCUAGUCAUGAAAAUAAGCUAGUUAAGAAUUUGGGUAAUUAUGACAUUCGUAACAUGGGAUUCAGGAUUAGGAUUAAGUUUACUCUUUAA